AUGUUACGUGAUAAGUCAAAUACUUAUACACUAUCUAAGGAGCAAAAACAAUUCUAUGAAGACAAUGGAUAUCUGGUUAUUAAGGAAUUCUUUGAUUUUACAACACUUUAUAACUGGAAGAAAAGAUUCCAACUUAUAUGUAGAGGAAUCGUCGACAAAGGUAACAUGCUUGUGUUUAAAGAACCAAAACUCGUCGCACAAGGCUUGAAAGGAGAGGAUCUUAUUAACAAGGUUUCAGAGAUUCAAUAUGACGAAGUUUUCUCCACAUUUACUGAACAUCCUCGUCUAAUCAAUGUACUUUCACAAUUCAUUGGACGCGAUAUGAAUGUUAUGAACAGUAUGUUCAUUAAUAAACCACCGGGAAGUACAAGACAUCCACCACAUCAGGACCUGUAUUAUUUCCCGUUCCGGCCAGCAGAUAAGAUUGUAGCAGCUUGGACGGCCAUCGAUGAUGUAACAGUGGACAAUGGAUGUCUGUAUGUUGUACCGAGAUCACAUAAGAACAAUACUAUAUACAGACAUGGAAACUUACCUGACUCCAACAAGUUGUAUCACGGUAUCUUGGAGUCAGGUCCGUGUGAGCCUAAAGUGUAUGUAGAGAUGUCUCCCGGAGACACGGUCUUCUUUCAUCCUCUCAUCGUUCAUGGAUCAGGAGAGAACAGAACAAAGGGGUAUCGUAAGAGUAUAACGGCUCACUACGCGAGCACGUCGUGUGUGUGUGUGGACGUGAGGGGGACUGUACAGGAACCAGUGGCUGAAGAAUUGGAGCAAGAGGCGAGGAGGAGGGGGAUGGAGCUCAGCUUCCAGCUGUUGUAUUACAGAAAAAGAUUUCAAGACAUCUGCAAAGGGACCGUCGAUAAAGGUAACAUAUUAGUGUACAAAGAACCAGCGCUCGUGGCUAAAGGUCUGAAAGGUGAAGACUCUAUCAAUAAGAUAUCUGAACUCCAAUAUGAUGAGGUUUUCUCGACUUUCUCUGAAGACCCUCGUCUGCUCCACAUUCUGUCACAGUUCCUUGGAGGAGACGUGAGCGUCAUGAACAGUAUGUUCAUUAACAAGCCUCCAGGAAGCGCUAGACAUCCACCACAUCAGGACCUGUAUUAUUUCCCGUUCCGGCCAGCAGAUAAGAUUGUAGCAGCUUGGACGGCCAUCGAUGAUGUAACAGUGGACAAUGGAUGUCUGUAUGUUGUACCGAAAUCACAUAAGAACAACAUUUUGUACAAACAUGGGAAUUUACUCGAAUCCAACAAACUAUUCCACGGUAUCUUGGAGUCUGGUCCGUGUGAGCCUAAAGUUAAUCUUGAGAUGUCUCCCGGAGACACAGUCUUCUUUCAUCCUCUUAUCGUUCAUGGAUCGGGAGAAAACAGAACAAAGCGGUAUCGUAAGUGUGUAACGGGUCACUUCGCGAGCCCCUCGUGUUACUUCAUCGACGUGACGGGAACAGUGCAGGAGGGACUCAAGGACGAAGUGGAGGAGGAGAUACGGAGAUAUGGGUUCACGUUCAGCUUCCAGGACUUCUUUAAAUACAAGAGCAAGGUCGUGUUGAAGUCAUCUUCCAAACUAUGA